GAACUGUACAAUAAAUAUCACCUCAUCCCGCCACCACAUCGCAACAAUCGUAGCACUGUAUCCAGCUCUUCUCCGUCAAUCUUCAUCACCUUAAGUCAUUCACCACACAUACAUCUUCUCAACUCAAACCCAAGCAACAAAAAUGUCCCCCCUCUCCUUCCGCGAACACAUCAACCUCCCGCCCUCAACCGCCACCCUCCACGACUCCACCCUCAUCAUCAUCGACGCGCAGAACGAAUACGCCACCGGCAAGCUGCAAGUGCAGAACGUGGCCCAAUCCCGCGCCGCCAUCGCCGAUCUCCUCGCCCGGUACCGCGCCGCCGGCGCCCAGCAGAACAUCGUCCACGUUUUGCACCGCACGCCCGCGGGCGCCCCGCUCUUCACGCCGGACACCCCGCUCGCCGAGGAGUUCGAGGAGCUCCAGCCCCGCCCCGGCGAGAAGGUCAUCUUCAAGCAUUUCCCCAGCUGCUUUGCGCAGACGGAGCUGCACCAGCACCUGGCGGGAUUGGGGGCGGUGGGCAAAAAGAUCGUGCUCGUCGGGUAUAUGGCGCAUGUGUGUGUGUCGACGACGGCCCGCGCGGGCCAUGAGCUCGGGUAUGAGGUGUUGGUUGUGAAGGAGGCUGUGGGCGAUCGGGCGAUUCCUGGUGUCGAGGCGGAGACGCUGGUGGAUGUCGCGCUGUAUGAGAUUGGGGAUGUUUUUGGGACGGUCCUCGCCGAGGGGAAGGAGAUUGGGGAGUGAGAGGGGUUUAUUUCUUUGAGGUAUAUAGUUUGGUUUUGAAUUGGAGAAUUGCUUUAUGCUCCUCACA